UCAGUUCGCUUGCAGACAUGCGAGGGAGAUGUCUUUCAGGUCAGGUUGAUUUUCUAGCGUAUAGUGCACAUUGCGUAAGAUAGUGGACAUUACUUGGUGAAUCUAACCCAGCGUCAUUCCUAUUUGAAAAUAUACUACCAUUCCAUUUUGUCGUUAUAUUAUCGUCGUUGAAUUCAAAUCAGCAUUAAGAGAGUUUUAGUUAGUGUUGUACUUAUUCGUGCUAAUGACAAAGCCCAACAAUCUCGCCACCCAUUUUUUGCAUUGGUGUCUCAUUGUGAGUUGCAGAAAUCGGAAAAGUCCAAGUUUCGUGAUAGUUUUUGUCCCCACGUGGAGGAGUUUUUGCUCAAACCUCCUCCAGUGAAUGCAUGCACAACAACGAAAAUAAUUUCAGGGAAGGAUAAAGCUAUCAAUCAAAUCUACACUCGUACACAGGGUGAAUUAUCAUAAGUGAUUGUGAAGUGGAUGGGAGAAUCUUGUUCUUUGCUGGAUACAUACAUUGGAAAUCCCAUGAUUUCUCAAAAUUGCUGUGGUAGGCUGGACCAGAUUCUGUAACCAACAUCGUCGUUUCACUGGAACAACUGGAGUUAUUUCAAAACAAUUGUGAUAUGAUAGCCCGCAAUGAAAAGUUUAUGAAUUAACAUUUGUGCAACAUUUUAACAAUGUCCAACUGAUGAAUGACCCACCCAUCCAUCCAAAACCACCGUCUGUUUCAUCGACCUGAAGGAAACAAGUAACGCUGGUCAAUGUCCAGCGAAAUAUUUUGCAAUUUUAAAGACUGACCGCAUAAUACAUAAGUUUGUGAAAUACUGCUAACUCUGGAUCAAUUUCCUUAAUUAAAUACGAAGCAGCAAGAUGCCCAGCAAGCGAUACGUGGUGCAGGACAUUCCUGACGAAAAGUCGGGAGAAAAUCAAGUGUCCAAACAAGGUAGGAAGAAUAGAAUGGAGAAGAAAAAGUCGGCCGGAUUCGGUCAACGGCUUGGCCUCCUCCUUUGGAAGAAUCUCCUCUUACGGAGAAGACACUGGAUGGUCACCAUCCUCGAAAUCUUGCUGCCAACCCUCGUCGCCCUGGCGCUCGCCUUUCUCCGAACGCAGAUUGUGGACGAUAAUAAAACUGUGAUGAAUACGACGACCAUAUUUCCGUCGCAGGAUGAGAUGGAAAUGCUGGGAGAGACGAGGAGGACGCUGUUUAGAAAGAGGUCCUUCUUGGCGUACGUACCACAGAAUAAUUUAACCAGACAAAUCAUGGAGGACAUGGCUGGAAGGAUAAAAGCAAAGAGAAUGGAAUUGAAAGGAUUCGAUACGGAGGCGGAAUUGGAGGAAUUUAACGAGCAAAGCGAGUUAGAGUCGGCGAAGGAAUUUGUCCAACGAGUCCGUGCAGCUAUCGUUUUCGGGAAGCCGUUUCACUCUGGAGAUGUCGAAGAUCUUAAAAAUACUCCGGACGGGAGACUCGACUACAUUGUCCGGUUGCCUAUUUACACGAUUGAAACACGAAGCAGUUUUCCUUGGAUUCAGUUUGCUGGCCCAUCGGAUGAUAACGCUUUCUCAUACGUGAACGGAGGAUUUACUGGGUUGCAAAUUCUGCUCGAUAAAAUUCUGAUUUCUUUGGUUUCUGGAAAGGAGGUUGAUACGGAGAUCCAUCACCAAGUUUUUCCGUACCCACCUUACGUCAGAAACAAAGGGUUUGAUCAGCUAAACUCUCUGGCCGUACCGUUGUUUAUGAUCAUUGGAUUUGUUUUCAUCGUCCCGUCCAUCAUCAUUAAAGUUGUUUCUGAAAGGGAGACUGGAAUCAAGGAACUCAUGAAAAUUAUGGGGCUCCCAAAUUGGAUUCACUGGCUCGGAUGGAUGAUCAACUCGCUUCUAGUCCUCGUAAUUUCUGUGACGCUCGUAAUUUUCCUAUUUUUCACGACAUUCAACGAAGAAACUGGUCCAGUUUUGCCGUACAGUGAUCCAACCGUUUGGUGGGUCGUGUUCUUCUUUUACAUCAUCGCAGCAACGUCGUAUUGCUUCUUCGUCUCAGUUCUGUCAGAUCGAGCCACGACUGCAACUGCUCUUGGAAUCGUUACUUGGUUGGUCAUCUACUUGGUGUUGGCCGUUCCAAUGGAGCAAAACGCAGAGUCGGUAACACUGACGCGCAAACUGGUGUCAUGUCUCUUUCCAAAUAUGGCGUUGCAUUGGGCCGUGAAAGCCAUGUACUCGUUUGAAACACGAGGUGUCGGAGCCAAUUGGCAAACUGCUUUUCAACCCACAAGCCCCAUUGACGGGUUUGCCUUGUACCACGUGCUCAUCAUGUUUGUGGUGGAUACUGUAAUAUUUGUGACGUUGACGAUCUAUCUUGAGAAUGUCCUCCCGUCGAAAUAUGGUCUCCGAAAGCCUUGGUAUUAUAUUUUCCAGAAAUCAACAUGGAUCUCUGACGACACUCCGAAGGCAAUUGCAACCCGAAGAGCUUCACUGGCUGCUCCCAUUGAGCGACCAGGAUUUGAAAAGGAACCCGUUGGUCUAACUGUUGGAGUGGCAAUUCAGAACCUUAAGAAAAUCUUUGGCAAGAAACGUGCCGUUGAUGGAAUUUCGUUGAAAGUAUAUGAAGGGCAAAUUACUGCACUUCUUGGGCACAAUGGAGCAGGAAAAACAACUGCGCUGUCAAUAUUAACUGGUCUGUUCCCACCAUCCGGAGGAACUGCUUCUGUUAGUGGUUAUGAUAUCAGAAGUGAGAUGGAUCAAGUGCGAGAAUCCCUUGGAUUGUGUCCACAGCAUAACAUGCUCUUUGAUCGCCUGACCGUUUGGGAGCAUCUCAUUCUCUUUGGACGAUUGAAAGGACUGAGUCACCAAGAGGCUGCAAAGGAUGCCAAAACUUUAAUUUCAAAGUUAGCCUUAAAGGAAAAGACGCAUUACAUGUCUUGCGAGUUAUCUGGGGGACAGAAGAGAAAGCUGUCGCUGGGAAUGGCUUUAAUUGGAGGAUCUAAAGUGGUCAUCCUGGAUGAGUGCACAUCCGGAAUGGACCCAGAAGCAAGGAGAGUAAUUUGGGACUUACUUUUGGAGAUGCGUGGAGAACGUACCAUAAUCUUGACCACACAUUUCAUGGAAGAAGCUGACGUGUUAGGUGACCGGAUUGCUAUGAUGGCGUCUGGAAAAAUAAAGUGCUGCGGAACACCACUCUUCCUCAAAAAAUAUUAUGGCACUGGCUACACACUGAAAUUGACUACAAAUGGAGGAGAAUCUGGGAACAAGGAAAUUUUGGAUGUCGUUCAAUCCUUCAUUCCCCGAGCAAUCAUGGAAUCCAACGAUAACAACAAUGGACACAGCAAUGGUCACAAUAAAAACAAUCAGACCGAAAUUUCAAUGUCACUGCCAAAUGAUGCAAAAACAUUGGAAAUCUUUCCUGACGUGUUUUCAAAAUUGAACACGGAGAAAGAAAGUCUGGGAAUUGUUACGGUCGGACUUUCUCUUUCCACAAUUGAUCAAGUCUUUUUGAAAAUUGGAGAAAUGGAAGCCCUUGAAAAUGGGGAGCUGAUGAUUGAAGAAGAUAAACACAAUGAAAAGCCGAACGGGGUCACCAACGGGAUUAACAUGAAUGGGACGAGUGGAAAUGAAAAGGAAGAACAAAGACGGCCUCAACGACUCCUUAUGCACCAAUUGUUCGGACUCUUCCAAAAGAAAUACAACUUUACAAUCAGGAACAAAAAACUGCUAAUUUCACAGUUCGUGAUUCCACCAUUGCUUCUGAUUGCUGCAAUUUUGCUCAGCACCAUUGCAUAUUCUCCAGCAACGUCUUCACCACCGUUGAAAAUGAAUAUUUCCCAGUUUAAAACUGCUGUCACAUUGUACUCGAGUUCAGAUAAGGAAACUGGGGACAUUUAUUCGAACCUGGUUGGAAAAGAUGGUCAACCGCAAUACAUAAAUCCAAAUUCAACCAAUUUGAUUGACGAAUUGAUCAAAAUUGCCGAUUACGACUUGGGAGCAUAUCGAGACCAAUACAUGAUUGCCGCCUACUUAAACUCGUCCUACGUGAACGCCAUGUACAACUCGAUUCCAUUCCACUCAUCCCCAAUUUCGAUGAAUUUGGCGACCAACACUAUCCUCAAGUCCAUGACGGACAAAAAAGAUUAUUCAAUUGACAUUACUUACCAUCCUUUGGAAAACCAGUUGUUCGCCACGCUCCAAGCAGCCCAACCAAAUCCAGCAUUUACGUUGCUCGUUCCCGUCGUGUUUGGAGCCUUGGUACCCAUCGGUCUGGCCCUCUUUGCAGCAAGUUACGCCGUAUUUCCCACGGAAGAACGGUUGUCCAACUCGAAACAAUUGCAACUCAUGACGGGUGUAAAUACUCUGACCUUUUGGGGAACUUCUUUCGUCUGGGACUUUUUUAUCAUGACGGUGGCCAUUCUUUUGAUGGUUAUAGCAUUUCCUAUUUUUGAGAAUGAGGGAUCCUUCACGGCGCAUGACGGAUUUGGCUCCAUCAUCCUGAUUUUGCUAAUCUACGGAUACUCUGCCAUUUCCUUCUCAUACCUUUUCAGCCUGUUCUCUUCGUCGUCACCAUUUGCAUUCGCGUGGGUCACGAUUAUCCACGUUUUGUUUGGAAUGAUGAUCCCUAUCAUAAUUUUCUUUGCUGAUAACGCCAACUUGACGACGGCACUUUUACCUUUCCGAUGGUUUUUCCGACUCUUUUCUUCCUUUGGUGGGUCCAUGAGUAUAAUGAGGUUCGCUGCAAUUGCGACUUCCAAUUCAAGAUGCAACAUCCUCACGUCGAAAGAACUGGAUAUUAUUUGCAACCCGAAAUAUCAAGUUGACGGACAGCUGCGUCAGUGUUGUCCAAACUGUUUGGAAUUUGCGAAUGAAUUCACCCCAGAUAUACCUGCCUGUUUCGAACCAGAGAAAUUUUUCACGUGGAAUUAUACUUACACGUCUGCAACGGAUGCAAAAAAAUACACGAUUCCGGGAAUUGGUCAAGAAGUGAUGUACGUUAUGAUCAUUGCGCUAGUAUAUCAGAUUCUCGUGGUUCUCAUAGAGUCCGGAGUACUUCAAAGGGUUCGGGCCAAGAUUGGUGGAAUAUUCGAAGCUGGAACGAGCAAAUCUUUAGAUGCAAUGGAAAAAGCGGAGGGAUACAAGGUUGACGAAGAUGUGGCUGCGGAGAAUGAACGAGUUCAUAAAAUGACCAAAUCUGAGGACGCAUUAGUCGUAUGCGAUUUGAGUAAAAACUUUGGAUCAUUUGCGGCUGUGAGAGAAAUUAACUUUGGAGUGCAUUACGGAGAAUGUUUUGGAUUGCUUGGUGUCAACGGAGCAGGAAAAACAACGACUUUUAGGAUGCUCACUGGAGAUGAGGAUUUAACAAGCGGAAAUGCAUCCAGUUUUAUGAACACUUUACGAACAAACAAGAAAGACUUUUUCGCAAACAUUGGUUAUUGUCCGCAAUUUGAUGCUAUUAUUAGCUCGCUAAGUGGCCGAGAAAUGUUAACUCUGUUCUGUCAUCUGCGAGGCGUUCCUUUCAGUGAAACCAGGAAAGAAGUGGACAAAUGGCUUUUGAAAUUGGGACUCGAAAAAAGUGGCGACGUCCCCAGUGGAAGUUACAGUGGUGGCAUGAAGCGUAGACUGAGCGUGGGAAUUGCGAUGAUUGGUGACCCACCAGUCGUCCUUCUGGAUGAGCCGACUUCAGGAGUCGACCCUGCAUCUCGACGUCAAUUUUGGGACGUAAUCUCAUCUGCCAAAGCCUCAGGACAGUCUGUGAUACUCACGUCACACAGCAUGGACGAAAUUGAAGUUCUGUGCUCCAGAUUAGGAAUCAUGGUAAAUGGACGUUUCCAAUGCAUGGGUUCGGCAGAAUAUCUCCGAAACAAGUUUGCACACGGGUACACGCUCGUCCUAAGACUUAAACACCACCACCAUGUCGAUUCACCCAUAAUAGCUCAUAUGAAAACGGAAAUCUCAACUAGAUUCGACCCUUGCGAGCUGCAAGAUGAGCAUCAAAACAUUCUCCAAUUCCAACUUCUCGACUCGACAAUCCCAUGGGACGAGAUUUUCAGGAAUAUGGAAGAAUUAAAGAAAAUGCACAUUCCAGCAGUGCCCGAAAUUAUGUCGGAAACCAGUAGAAGACAAAGUCUCAAGAUUGUUCCUGGCGAAGACGACGCCACGUACGGAAGUCUUAUCGAAGACUACACCGUUUCACUCACCUCUUUGGAGGAAGUGUUUCUAUCCUUCGCACGUAAACAAUAUUCUGGCAGAAGUGCAGAGUCGUCCUGUCUUGGGUUAGGUUUGGUGUGUAAGAGUUGCAAUAUUUAACUGUGAUUUUAUAAUUAAUUUUAUUUAAAAUUUAAUACGCGGUCUGAUUUUAUUAGUGUAAUAACUACUUAAAGAAUGAUAUUAUUAUCUCUAAACGUAAUAUUAGUCUACCUUUGUGAGAGGUAUUUAAUUCGUGUGCAAAUAAUGUACAUACUUUUAUCUGGUGAAUAAGGAUGUUGAGAUUUUGUUUCUAGAUAGAAGAGGUAUUAAUCGUUCCUACCGUGGUUGUCCUGCUACUGUGGUUGUUUAUAUCUUGUCUUAAUUGGUAGUGCCUAAUUGGCAGAUGGACACGUGUCAUAUGUAUAAAUAACCGGAUGCGGAUCCAUUCUUUUUAUAUUAAAGGGAUGGAUAACAGAUGCAUUGGUUGGUUGGUGUAAUCAACAGCCAUAAUAAUACUUACGCAAUACAGAUAUUCAAUCAAAUGUAUACUUAAAAUCAGAUAGACAAAUUUUGAUACUGUGUUUCUAAUGACACAUUAAAUUUGUCAUAAAUAUCUUUAUACUCAAAAUGCCAAGAUUGGAAUGUAUCAUUUUUAUUUUAUUGAUCAUGUAAUAUAAUGUUGAUCAGUGGAAUAACAAAUUUAAUGCCAUACUUUAAUCUAGUACUUAAUUAUAAUUUAGAAUAAAUGAGUCAAUCCUCUUGAUUCUCUAAACAACA